AUGAGGAGGAUCACGGCCCAAAUCCCUCAAAGGGCCCGAAUCGCGAACAGUUACCGCCGCCACCACCACCUUAAAACCGUGGAUUCCCCGCCCAUGGAUCCGUUCAUGCGAGGGCUUCACGAAAGUUACAAGACAAGGGCCGACUCUGCGGUAAUACACUCAAUAAUGGCCUGGGGCGGCACCGGAGAUUGCAACCUGCUUUUGACAUUGGACAGAACUUGGCUAUGUGUGGCUUUACAGAGGAGAAGACCCCAUCCUCCGCCAGGCUUUCCUUAUACGUCCUAUGACUUGUUGGAUCCCACCGCGUGGGAUCUCAAUCUCGGACCCUGGAGAUCACGAUCCCAACCACAGAUACUUGCUCUGCGACUCCGCUCUAGGCUUUUGACGUGGCCGCUGCUUCGAGCCGAAUAUCAACCGGGUGCUAUUGAUACAUUGGUGAUGCCAGCUCCCCGGAAACAGAUGAUGAUCAAGGCCUGGUUCAGAGAAUUUACCGACCCAAAAGACAGUUUAGCUACGUCUGGCGCCGACUUCAUCGAAAACAAGGGGAGGUCAGAUAUUCCUACUUCAUGGUGGCCCCGGCAAUGUAUUGCCGAAUACGCGAAUCGUCCACUGCUCGCUCACCUGUGGCGAUAUCGGCAUCAACAGGAAAUCAGAAUGGAGCAGCAGCUCUCAAAGUGGUUCAGACUUGCUGAAAAUGGGGGCUGUCGUAUGCUGAUUGACGAAGACCGACGUUUAUCUCGACGACGCGUUGUUAUCUUCCUCCGUUGCAUCGAAUACUACAGGGGCAUCUUGUUCUUGACCACCAAUCGUGUAGGGCAUUUUGAUGAUGCCUUCGUUUCCAGAAUUCACGUUGUCAUCAAGUAUGAUCCUCUCAGCGAAGACAACCGCCACCAAAUCUGGACACAGUUCUUCGACAAACUCACCGACGAGCGUCAGGAUUUCAUCAUCACUGGGCGUGCCAAACAGUACGUUUUGGAGGAUGAUAUCAUUAAAAAGCUCGAAUGGAAUGGCCGUGAAAUCCGGAAUGCUUUUCAAACGGCAGUGGCCUGGCGGAAUUCCGUUUCCUACAGAGAAGGUGACAAGUCCAAGCAUGAAGGCCAACCCUGGACCAGAAAGACUUUGAGCAGGCAGUUCAAGGAGUAUCUUCAUGAUCUCCACGGGCUCGAUGAGGAGGGCAGGGCCUACAAUGCCAGAGCGAGGGCAGGCAACCAGGACUGGGUAAGGAGUACCGCGAAGUAA